AACCUUUCCAUAUUCGAACACUCCACAACUCCGCACUCUUUUCUCUGCUCCCUCUGCCACGUCCGAGCUCGCCUCCGCCGCCGCCAGGGGCGGCGCCGCCGGAACCCUAACCCUAGCCGCCGAUGACGACGACGACGGCCGCCCAUUGCCCUCCCCCGGUGAUGUCCUACGAGCCCCCCGAGUGGCUCCCCGAUGGGUGGAUCAUGGAGGUCAGGAGGGGGAGGAAGAGCGGGUCCCUGUAUCAUUAUUAUACUUCUCCAAUCUCUGGAUCUACAUUUUGUUCAAGAAAUGAAGUUCUGCACCACCUUAAUUUUAUGGAGGUUGAUCAUGCUGCUUUGGAGACGAGAGCAUGUCCUGAAGAUGAGAAAAUGCAACUUGUUGUGUCAGCUGACAAUUCACUUGGAUGGCUGCCUUCUGGAUGGAUCUUGGAAAUUAGAAGUAGAGGAAGUGGUACAGAAGCAGAGGAAAGAUACAAGUGUUACAUCGAUCCGGUGACCGAGUACAGAUUCUUUUCCAAGGAAGAUGUACUUUGCUACUUGGAGGAGGGGACGCUUCCAAAUUCCAUUUCUGAUCUAGAAAGAAAUUGCAAUGCCGAUGCUAUUGACAAUAUCUUUGCUCAAAUUGAGUAUUCCCCAGAAGGAUUGCCCAACGGAUGGGUUAAGCUAACAAAAUUCAGAAAAUUCCCUUGCGAACAUGGAACCAGAAAAGAUCCGUAUUAUACUGAACCAGCAAGUGGACUUGUGUUUCGAACCUUAAAGGAUGUUAGUCGCUAUGUUGAAACUGGAGAAAUAAGCAAACAUGCAUUUAGACCAAGACAAAGUAUCAUUGAGACUUAUGUUGUCGGCAUGGGAUCUUCUAGACGGUGCCGUCGUACUUCAGCCGAGAAGCCGAAGUCACCAGCCAUUGAUGUGAGGCAAUGCCUUUUUACGGGACAGGCACCGACCUUCAACAGACAAGUGGUGAUAAAGGAGGAACCCCCUGAUGAUUGUGAAGAAAGUACUCCUCUCCGGUUGCAAUUGGAUGCCAGCCUUGUAGAGAAGAUAAAGAAGAAAAUAAAGAAGAAAAUGAAGUUGUUGGACCGCGCGAAGGAUGAUCCCUUAAAGAUAACGAAGAAGGUGAAGAAGAAGAAGAAAAGGGCAAAAAUGAACGAAUCCUCACAAAACAAACCAAAAGAGCUCGGCGAAUAUGGAUCAAAGCAAGAUGAGGAAAGUCAAAAGUUAAUUGAAGAAUCAGCUAUAAUACCAUUUGACCCAGUAAAGCAAAAGCAGCUUGAGCUUGAAGAAAAGCCAAAAAUAAAUGAUGAAGGAGAAGAGGGGAAUUCAUCAAUUCUAGAUGCUGAUUUUGAGGAGAAAGAGAAUGUGGUGCUCUCACCGGCUGAAGAGAAACCAGCUGUGUCAGAAGAUAAGAAGCCGCUUUUUUCAGGAGAGGACCAAUCGGGCUCAAGUGAUGGGGUUAAAUCUGAAAGUUCUGAUUCCAUGACUCGCCGAGCAUCAAAACGGCUUGCUGGGGUCGAAGCGCUCCCCGGAGAUGACUCUUUGCUUGGUUACUUUUUUCACCGUGGGGCGGUAAUAUCGAAGAAAAGAUUCAAACGAAUAAAAGGGCUUUCACAGUUGGCUGAGAAGAAUGGGAUUCUGCAACUAGCUGUUCCGGAUAAGCAGGCUGGGGCAGGAGCAGCAGGCGAUGAAGCAGAAAAUGCGAAAACAGCUUCUGCUACAGCUUCUGCUUCUCCAAGCCGAGAAUAACCGGAGAGCAACUUAUUCUCCAAGGAAGAAUAACAUGAUCUUCAGGGAAUUGGCAUAAUAAGGCCAAAUUUCACAAUUCGAUUAAAUUAAUCCAAGGCAUUGUCUCAGUAAUAAAACAUUGUGGGCAUUAAACUAAUAAUUUUUAGGCACAUUAAAUUUAUGUUGAUGACUCUCAGGGAAUGCUCGUGGCUUAUAGAUUUUAAUCGCCCGCUUGUUGUGGGAGAGAUUUAUUCUUUCGUCUCUUUUAGUCUGUUCUCUUGAUUAGUAGUCGAAAAAUUGGGGGUAAGUUGUUUGUGUGAACUGCACUGCUCUUUUACGUAUGUAAAUGUAUGUAUAUAUACAUAUGUAGUUAGAAAUCUCCGCCGAAGUCUUUAGUGAA